AUGCUUGUUGGAAAGUCGGCCAUCCUGUUCUGCAAUGGUGACCAUGGUUACCAUAAACAGAUCCAAAACGUGGUCAUGCUCUCGGAGGCGAAGACCACGUGUGAAGAUACACUAGGGGGCUAUGUCGUUCAUCUGGAGACGGCGUCCGAACAACUCUGGCUGUCUCAGAGGUUCAUGGCGGUCGGUACGAGUGUUUAUCAGUACUGGAUAGGCCUAGAGAGAGGACAAGAGAACAUCUCGGAUUGGUUCUGGGUAACCGGCACUUCUUCAGUCCUAGCCACUAAUCUGACAAAUAGAUGGGACACCAGUCCAACAUACGAUACGGCUGUAGCAUCCACUGGAUUCAUAAAGUCCUACAGUAACUAUUCUACAGCAGAUUUUGUAUGUGAAACUGAAGGGGCGCCAUUCGAUGGCUACUGUUUUGACAAUGCCACGGUGACGUUCUAUAGAAGCCACGGAAGUAACAUAUAUAAUUAUAUAUCAUAUAUGACCGACUUUGAUAGUGCCCGGGAGUUCUGCGAGGCCAUCCCUAACACUCACUUGGUCAACCUGGAGACAAAUGAUGAAAACAACUGGCUGAAUACUAUGCUUGGAGAGUUAUCGCCGAACAGUGUCUUUUGGAUAGGACUUAGAAAGACUUCUGAAGGAGGAGAGUGGCAAUGGUUGUAUCAGAAUAAUGUCACUCAGUCAAUUAAUGAGUCAUCUUUUGACUCUAUGAGUUAUCCAACUGCAUAUCUGCAUGCUUAUACUGAGUACAGCUUAUGGAAAACCUCAGACAGGACAAUUUCAAGGAAUUUUAUAUGUGAAACGGAGAUCCAGAACACAUUUGAAACAACAUCUGCAACAGCGAUAACUACGAGUUCGCCGACAAACAGUUCUAAUUUGACAUCUACGCAAGACCUCUCCACAAUUUCGCCGUCAACUAGCACCAGUUUUACAUUAGCUAUGAUUGUGCCCAUCUCAUCAACAAUUUUGCCAGCAAAUAGUUCCGAUUCAACAUCAGUUACACCUACGCCUGGUUCAACUACCAUUUCGCCAGCAAAUAGUCCUAAUUUUACAUCGUCUAUAGAUACGCUUUACUCAUCUACCAUUUCGCCAGCAAGUAGUUCUGAUUCUACAUCGACUACAUCUAUGUCUGGCUCAUCUACGUUUGUCUCAUCCGCAUCUUUAGAAACGAUCGCGCCGUCACCAUCAUCAACAACGGUAUCUAUGUCAACCAUUGGUCCAUCACAAGCAACAACACAGGAAACUACAAUAAAACGGCCGCAAAAGAAAUUGCUACACAGAUAUUCAGACCUGAAAGUUUUACUCUGUCGGGAAAACCACGUGUAUCAGAUUGCCGACAAAAGGGAGGAGUACUAUGCCACCGCUCGUGCGAUUUGUGAAUCACAGCAGGAAGGUCAUCUCGUACAUUUGGAGACAGAAGCAGAACAGGAAUGGCUGCAGGGACAAUUGGAUUUGUACAAUUUGGAAACGAGGUACCUGAUUGGCUUGGAGAGAAACAGUACAACCAGUGCUGAGUGGUACUGGGUUGGGUCCGGAACACAAACACUAGCUACAGGAUUGGAAAGUCGCUGGGCAUCUAAUGCUCCGCGGGACUCGCAUACAUUUGGCAAGAUUGAUAAUUCAAAUAUUGACAGCGUUUCUAGUAACAGUAAAACAGCUUUCAUCUGUGAAUUUGAUGAUGGACCAAUGCUUUCUUAUUGUAUGAUUAACAGUGAGGUCCGUUUCUACCAAAACACAGGAAGUGUUUACAACGCAUUUUCAUCAAUGGUCACGUUUGAUUCUGCGCAAGCUAUUUGCGCAGGGCAUCCAAAUACACACCUUGUAACCUUAGAAACAACAGCGGAACAUGAUGCGAUAGAGCAAAUGAUUGAUGAUAUAGAUCUUUCUUUUGAUGAGUUCUGGAUUGGUCUACAACGGGAGUCUACUUCAACUGACUGGAACUGGGUAUAUCCGGACAGAAACUCCGUACCAUUAACCGACUCUAAUUUUGGAAUUGGUUAUACCGAAUCAGGUCCUUUGAAUGCUUGCAUGAAAAACAAUAACUGGUUGCAACUCGACAAGACAGCGGAAAGACAUUUCCUUUGCGAAACAGAAGUGACAAAUACAACAAGUGUAAGCACAACGUCAGUUUCUUACACUACGGCCACCCAAACUCCUACUCCGACUACUACAACCACUCCAACAACCACGACCACUCCAACAACAACUACUACAACCACUCCAACAACCACGACCACUCCAACAACCACGACCACUCCAACGACCACGACCACUUCGACAACAACUACUACAGCCACUCCAACAACCACGACCACUCCAACAACUACUACAACCACUCCGACAACCACGACCACUCCAACAACAAGUACCACAACCACUCCAACAACCACGACCACUCCAACAACCACGACCACACCAACAACAACUACUUCAACAACCACGACCACUCCAACAACAACUACUACAACCACUCCAACAACCACGACCACUCCAACAACAAGUACCACGACCACUCCAACAACAACGACCACUCCAACAACCACGACCACUUCAACAACAAGUACCACAACCACCCCAACAACAUCAAUCACGACCACUCCAACAACAACUACUACAACCACUCCAACAACCACGACCAAUCCAACAACAAGUACUACAACCACCCCAACAACAACAACCACGACCACUCCAACAACAACUACUACAACCAAUCCAACAACCACGACCAAUCCAACAACCACGACCACUCCAACGACCACGACCACUCCAACAACAACUACUACAACCACUCCAACAACCACGACCACUCCAACAAGUACCACAACCACUCCAACAACCAUGACCACUCCAACAACCACGACCACUCCAACAACCACGACCACACCAACAACAACUACUUCAACAACCACGACCACUCCAACAACAACUACUACAACCACUCCAACAACCACGACCACUCCAACAACAAGUACCACGACCACUCCAACAACAACGACCACUCCAACAACCACGACCACUUCAACAACAAGUACCACAACCACCCCAACAACAACAACCACGACCACUCCAACAACAACUACUACAACCACUCCAACAACCACGACCAAUCCAACAACAAGUACUACAACCACCCCAACAACAACAACCACGACCACUCCAACAACAACUACUACAACCACUCCAACAACCACGACCAAUCCAACAACCACGACCACUUCGACAACAACUACUACAACCACUCCAACAACCACGACCACUCCAACAACAAGUACCACAACCACUCCAACAACCAUGACCACUCCAACAACCACGACCACUCCAACAACCACGACCACACCAACAACAACUACUUCAACAACCACGAGCACUCCAACAACAAGAACCACAACCACUCCAACAACCACGACCACUCCGACAACAACUACUACAGCCACUCCAACAACCACGACCACUCCAACAACAAGUACCACGACCACUCCAACAACAACGACCACUCCAACAACCACGACCACUUCAACAACAAGUACCACAACCACCCCAACAACAACAACCACGACCACUCCAACAACAACUACUACAACCACUCCAACAACCACGACCAAUCCAACAACAAGUACUACAACCACUCCAACAACUACAACAACCACUCCAACAACCACGACCAAUCCAACAACAACGACCACUUCAACAACCACGACCACUCCAACAACAACUACUACAACCACUCCAACAACCACGACCACUUCAACAACAAGUACCACAACCACUCCAACAACCACGACCACUCCAACAACAAGUACUACAACCACUCCAACAACCACGACCAAUCCAACAACCACGACCACUUCAACAACAAGUACCACAACCACUCCAACAACCACAACCACUUCAACAACCACGACCACUCCAACAACAACUACUACAACCACUCCAACAACCACGACCACUCCAACAACAAGUACCACAACCACUCCAACAACCAUGACCACUCCAACAACCACGACCACUCCAACAACCACGACCACACCAACAACAACUACUUCAACAACCACGAGCACUCCAACAACAAGAACCACAACCACUCCAACAACCACGACCACUCCGACAACAACUACUACAACCACUCCAACAACCACGACCACUCCAACAACAAGUACCACGACCACUCCAACAACAACGACCACUCCAACAACCACGACCACUUCAACAACAAGUACCACAACCACCCCAACAACAACAACCACGACCACUCCAACAACAACUACUACAACCACUCCAACAACCACGACCAAUCCAACAACAAGUACUACAACCACUCCAACAACUACUACAACCACUCCAACAACCACGACCAAUCCAACAACAACGACCACUUCAACAACCACGACCACUCCAACAACAACUACUACAACCACUCCAACAACCACGACCACUUCAACAACAAUCUUAUGGAGUGCUAUCGCUGGUCUUAAUGACAAUUUAAACCAGUGGAAGAACGCUGUUCUGGAAAUGUGA